AUGGUCAGCCUCGAUAAUAGGCUGCAUGUACCCGAGGAGAGAGUUGCGUUGUCCGCGUCGACUUUUGCGACUUUUUUCUUGCCAGCAUUAGUCUCGUACUUUGCAAUGGGCGUGUUGGUUCAACGAAAUCGCACUGCAACGACACGAUUUGCACUGCUUCCAAUCGCUUUGCUGUGCGCAUAUCGAGCUGGCUCAUCGCUCGAUUUUUCUUUUGGCAUCCCCAACUACCGUUUCCUCAACCAAGGCUUAGUUCUCGCCAUGUUCACCGUUUCGAUGCGAUCGACCGCUUGGGCCUUCGCAAAAAAUCCAUAUAAACGGAUCGCUUUGCAACCGAACAAGAUAUCCAACAAUAAUACCUCAUCAGGCAACACAAGCAACCAGUUGACUGAUGUUGAUGAUACCCCACUGUUUACCGCUAUCUGGAACGCAUGGGAUCUUUCAGUUAACCUUCGCGGGAUUGGGUGGGACUGGGCGGAAGGCCUGCGCAUUCCAAAGAGCAGCCACGAAACACAGUCAACAUUAGAGUUCCUGCUUAGCACCCUCGCGAAGCUACUGUUCUAUAUGCUUGCAUUUGAUGCCACCUCUGGAGCCACUCGCGACUUUUCUCCGGAAACAUUUGGAUCAGUUGAAGGGGGUACAAUAUUUGACGCAUCACUUCCACCCCUCACUCGCUAUACCCGGUCUGCCAUCGUUACGAUCCUCUCUGGCUGGACAGCAUAUUUCGUGAUUGACUUGGUGUAUCAGAUACAUGCCAUCGAGUUCGUCUUGUUAUUCAGACAGACACCGUCUCAAUGGCCGCCCUUGUUUGAUGCUCCGUGGCUCUCGACAUCGCUGACCAGUUUUUGGGGUCACGGGUGGCACCAAUUAUUCCGGCAGUGCUUCAUAUCGGUCGGUGCUCGGCCGUUGUCAUACCUGCUUGGUCGCGCUGGGGGGGUGAUGGGCGCAUUCCUCGUCUCAGGCGCUCUGCACUAUCUUGGAUUGAAGGCAAUGGGACGAGGUGGUUACCCUGUUGUUGUUUUUGGGUUCUUUUUCAUGCAGGCCAUCGGUCUAAUUCUUGAGGGCGUGUGGAAGAGGUGUACGGGCACACGCGUCGGUGGAAUUUUGGGCUUGCUGUGGACUUGGAUUUGGGUAGUCUUUUGGGGUAGCUUCAUGAUUGAUGCAUGGGGCAAAGUUGGUUUGAUUGGGUCCAAGUCCUUCCCCGACGAUUACAGACCGACAAUCUUGCUUGCCCACUUUUUAAAACAUUGUCUCAAUUUACUUGAUUCUCUGAGAUAGAGAUUACCGACACAACGUCGAUCGCAUCGUUGUAUAUAUAAGGAUGACUUGUAUGGAUGGUAUGGAUAGAUCUAGAGCUUGUGUAUGGUCUCCGCGUAAUAUGAUUCAAAGGCUUAGG